GUUUGUUACAGGGUAAUGAACUGUUGUUUUGUUUGCUACCGGACGGUGAACUGUUGUUUUGUUUGUUGCAGGGUAGUGAACUGUUGUUUUGUUUGUUACCGGAUUGUGAACUGUUGUUUUGUUUGUUACAGGGUAGUGAACUGUUGUUUUGUUUGUUACAGGGUAAUGAACUGUUGUUUUGUUUGUUACAGGAUAGUGAACUGUUGUUUUGUUUAUUACAGGGUAGUGAACUGUUGUUUUGUAUGUUACUUGGUAAUGAACUGUUGUUUUGUUUGU